UAAUUUCUUUUCAUGAACUUUCUGCUUUAAAAGCCCAUUAACACUAUUGAACCGCCAAUGAAAUGCAUGCCUCUCGUUUAUAUAAGGAAGCCUUGAUAGAACAUAGUUUAAAGAAUCUUCUGGCUAUCCAUUUAUAAACAACUCUAAAGACAACUCAAAGAGGAAAAAUGAACUGCAGUCAGCUUUAUGAGCAAUUACUAUACGGGAUGUACACUGAAGAAGACGUUAAUGAAACUAACGCCAAUUUUUUAAUUGACAUCAGCAGACCAUGUGGACACCAGAAUAUCACUGGGCAAUAUACACAGCUGUUCACCACUUCACAUGUGUUCACCACUUUCCGCAUUAGUAAACUCAUCCUGCUGUACGUCUCGCCUUUCAUUCUGUUCUUUGGAGUCUUUGGAAACAUUUUGUCCUUUAUUGUCUUGCAACAACAGCGAAAAAAGGUUGCCACUUACUUUUAUCUGAGCAUUUUGUCUAUCGUGGACACGGCUGUCUUGCUGACCGGACUGACAAGAAUUUGGGGAGAACAAUUAACAGGGAAAGAUAUACAGGAUUUCUCGGACUUAACUUGCAAGUUGUCCAUCUUCUUUGGUCACCUGUUUAGCUAUGCGUCUGUUUGGAUAAUCAUUGCAGUGACAGUUGAAAGAUUUGUUGUCGUCAAGUAUCCAUUUCGUAUCCUAUCCCAAUGCAGAGUCCGCAAGGCAAAAAUUAUAUGUGGAGUUAUAUUUACAGUCAUUUGUAUCAUUAAUGUACACUUUCUAGUGCUUGCUGAAAUUCAACUCAAAAACGGCGUUCCGAAAUGUGCAAUAAUACCCUCCUCUUCUGCUAUAAUGCAUGACAUUUGGCCCUGGAUUGACGCUGUGGUCUACUCUUUUCUACCAUUCUCUAUUCUAGUGGUGCUAAACAGUGUUAUUGUACAUUCGAUUUGUCAAGCCAAGAAAAGACGUAUACGUAUGAUGUCUUUUAAUCGCCGAUCAGUGGAUUCCCCUUCCGUUUCGAAAUUUUCCAAAGAAAAUAGGAAGACAACCGUCAUGUUGUUGGCUUUAUCGUGUGCCUUUCUUCUUACUACAUUGCCAAUGAAUGUAGCAAUUAUCAUUAGCAGUUUCUGGAACAAUUCCGUCAACCGAACCUUUGAAGGACUAGGCAAGCUACACUUAGUUAAAGCUGUAGCUGAAAUGCUUAUGUAUAUAAAUCAUUCCAUUAACUUUCUGUUUUACUGUGCACUUGGUGAGAAAUUCCGCCGAGCAAUGUUCAAAGUUAUUAGAAUCACGUGUAAACGUAGAAAGGAGUUUGUUAAUCCUCUGAUACGUAUGGAAGCAACUGGAAUCAGACGAUUAUCUAAUGCAAAAGUUACAAAGAGAUUGAUAUAA